AUGGAAAACACCUUGGAAAGAGCUGUCAGCGCACUGACGGUGGUUAUACACCGCAACAUGGAAAACAUCUUGGAUAGAGCUGUAAAUGCUAAGACUGUGGUCAUUAACCGCAACAUGGAAAACAUCUUGGAUAGAGCUGUAAAUGCUCAGACUGUGGUCAUUAACCGCAACAUGGAUAACAUCUUGGAGAAGUUUUCGCCUUUGCAAAGGAGAAUGAAUCGAUUUGAAGACCAGAAUGGACAAUCAGAAGUCCACAAAAGAGAGUCCACAGAGUCACAGAGUCCAACACAGAGUCCAACACAGAGUCCACAACACAGAGUCCACAAAACAGAGUCCACAACACAGAGUCCAACACAGAGUCCACAACACAGAGUCCAACACAGAGUCCAACACAGAGUCCAACAGAGUCCACAACACAGAGUCCAACACAGAGUCCAACACAGAGUCCACAACACAGAGUCCAACACAGAGUCCACAACACAGAGUCCAACACAGAGUCCACAACACAGAGUCCAACACAGAGUCCACAACACAGAGACCACAACACAGAGUCCAACACAGAGUCCACAACACAGAGUCCAACACAGAGUCCACAACACAGAGUCCAACACAGAGUCCACAACACAGAGUCCACAACACAGAGUCCACAACACAGAGUCCAACACAGAGUCCAAAGUCAAAACUAACAUUACUGCUAAGCUAGUGGAACAUAUUGUCUGAUUGGGCUGUUAGCUGGAUAAUGUUAGCUUGAUUGCUAACCUAGCAAAAUACUGUCAGCUAGCUUCCUCCAUUGGCAGGUUACAUUGUUAGCUGGCUAACAUCAGUUUCCUAAUAAAAGGGUGUUUAUUUUAGCCAACAAUAAAUGACAUAGCACUACAAAGCU